CGCUUGCACAAUGUCCUUCGUGCAGACGGCUGGCCGGAUAGCUGUCGUUUUUUCCCUGUUGCGCUCGCUCUGUUCGUAUAUGAGCGAGCUGUCAGCCUCGUGACUAUGAAACAUAGAGAUUCGCCUUGCUCUAGCAGUUACUGGCUGCUUCGUAUUUCUACUCCUCGAUGUCGGGUGUUUUCACCAAGAAAAAUUUCGAUGAAGCGUGCGAUGCUUCGGAGGGUUCGCUUCCUCUAAAGCUGCAGCAGGUAGCGGAAGAAGAGUUUGGUGAGACGCUAGCGAAGAGACGCGAAGCCCUCAAUAAACUCAGACAGCUGCUGGAAGCCGAACCAGAUCUCAAUGCCAACAGGGACGAGGAGUUCCUGCUCCGGUUUCUGCGCGUCCGAAAGUACAACGUGGAGUCGGCUCUUCAAACCAUCAAAAACUACUACAGAAAUAAGGCUUCGAGCGACUCCCUCUACCGGGAUUUCCUGCCCUGCACUGUGCCAGCGGCGGCGAGACAGCUCGUCAUGAUACUGCCGGACAAAGACGUCUUCGGGCGGCCGGUAUUGCUCUUGAAACCAGGUUCAUGGAUGACCAAUGAAGUGUCCUACUUGGACCUUCAUAGGGCCGGCCUGUUUUGCUUGGAACAACUGGCUCGUGACCCAGCUGCACAAGUUCUAGGAAUAGUGCUACUGAUCGACUUUGGCGGAUUCACGGUAGACAAGCUUUUGUUCGCCAGCGUCAGUCUCCUGAGAAAGGGCCUGGAUUAUUUGCAGGACUGCAUGCCGGUGCGGUUGAAGGUAGCUCACAACGUUAAGCAGUCGUACGCUUUCGACGUGUUCCACGCUCUCGUCAGGCCAUUCAUCAAACAGAAGCUAGCCGAAAGGAUACGCCUACACGGGUACAAUUUCGAAAAUAUCCACAAGGAAAUCUCGCCCAUGGCAUUGCCCGAGGAGUACGGGGGUGGGCGACCUCCGUUGGAUCCAGAGGAGUGCUGGAAGGCCUUGGAUGCCGACAAGGAUUACUUCGAAGCCAGUAGUCGUUACGGAUAUGCCAUGAACGACGAAAACAAACUUCCCGCAGAACCCGAUUCCCCACUAGAACUCACUAGUUUGUGAAAAAAAAUGAAAACGUAUGAAUUACUGUGUGCGCGCAGACUGGAUACUCGGAAUUAUCACUGCACUCACUGAUUAAAUGGCAUUCUACGGCUGUGUAAGAGCUACGGGGAGAUCCGAAGAAUUAAUUACGGGAUAUAUGGACAUGUCAUGGCAAUUGUGCUAAUAGCACAGACACAAGCACAAAUAGUCUCUUGGGA